AUGGGAGCUCUAUUGUCCUUGCCUCUGCUGGCCAUCCCGAGCGCCAGUACGCUCAUCACUGUCGCAACUUCGUGUUGUGGAGCCGCAACAUGUUCAGCGGUUUGCAGUGCUUGUGGAAAGUUUCAGAAUAGUAUGAUGACGAGAAUCGCUUAUGCAUUCAUUCUCUUGAUCAAUUCGAUCGUUUCCUGGAUAAUGCUUACACCAUGGGCGCUGAAGAAGUUGGAGCACAUGACGCUAGACUACAUGGAAAUACGAUGCGACGGGAAAGAGUGUCAUGGUUGGGUGGCGGUUCAUCGUAUCAACUUCGGUCUCGGCCUCUUCCAUCUCAUUCUCGCUUUUAUGUUGCUUGGCGUGCAAUCGUCCAGAAAUGGUCGGGCAGUUCUGCAAAAUGGUUUCUGGGGCCCCAAGAUCAUCCUAUGGAUUGCCCUCGUGGUGGUGUCGUUCUUCAUCCCGGAGUCGUUCUUCCUCGUAUACGGUCAUUACAUCGCUUUCUUCUGCGCGAUGCUCUUCCUCCUUCUCGGACUCAUUCUUCUGGUGGAUCUGGCGCACUCAUGGGCUGAACUCUGCCUGCAGAAGAUUGAGGACAAUGAUUCUCGGCUGUGGCGCGGGCUGCUCAUAGGCUCAACGCUCGGCAUGUAUAUUGCAUCGAUUGCGAUGACCGUCCUGAUGUAUGUGUUCUUCGCUAAGAAACAUUGCUCUAUGAAUCAAGCAGCUAUUACGAUCAACCUCAUCGUCUUUCUCAUCAUCUCGAUUGUGUCCGUUCAGCCUGUGGUGCAGGAGUCCAAUCCUCGAGCUGGGUUGGCGCAGGCGGCAAUGGUGACGGUUUAUUGCACGUACUUGACCAUGUCUGCCGUUUCGAUGGAACCUGAUGACCGCCAAUGUAACCCUCUGAUCCGCGCCCGAGGCACGCGAACGGCCACCGUCGUUCUGGGCGCCAUUGUGACUAUGGCGACUAUUGCAUAUACCACGACCCGUGCUGCCACCCAAAGUCUUAUGCUAGGGUCUCAAGCCGGCCAUGGCCAGUACGCGCAGUUGAGAACGGACGACAACGAACAUGGCCUCGUGACUCAGCAGCCUAGUCGCCGUGAGAUGCGUGCUGAGGCUCUUCGUGCUGCCGUGGAGAGCGGUAGUUUGCCAGCUAGCGCAUUGGACGAGAGUGACGAUGAGUCCGAUGACUAUAAUACUCAGGACGACGAGAGGGGCUCAACGCAAUACAACUACUCUCUUUUCCACAUUAUAUUUUUCCUGGCUACGACCUGGGUAGCUACCCUACUGACUCAGCGUCUGGAUCCUGAGACCACAGAGGACUUUGCACCCGUGGGCAGAACAUACUGGGCUAGCUGGGUGAAGAUCAUCAGCGCUUGGGUGUGCUAUGCGAUCUACUUGUGGACUCUGAUUGCCCCCGUCCUUCUGCCAGAUCGUUUCGAUGUCUAUUAG